UUCAUCCAUUCCAUUGAAUGGGAUCCCUUAUUCCAUCUCUGCUUGUCUUCUCACCUCUUGUUUAUAUAAGUAACCACCCAUGUCUCUUCCCUCUCCACAUCAAUCCUCCCUCCCUUCUCUAAACCCAAUGGCAUCGAGUUCAUUUGCCGCCUCAUGGACUGCCAAGCAAAACAAGAUGUUCGAGAAGGCCCUCGCGCUCUAUGAUCAAGACACCCCCGACCGUUGGCACAACAUCGCGCGGCUUGUGGGCGGCAAGUCUGCUGAAGAAGUGAAGCGGUACUACGAGUUGCUUGUCGACGACGUCUUUCGUAUUGAGAACGACAAAGUCCCGAGUUACUACUCUUCCUCCCGCAACCCAAGAUGAAGAACCAAUUGGACUGUGGAUCUUCUAAAUGGUUGCGACAAAUUAAAUAGAGUAGAUAUGUUUGGCUUUACGAGUGUUAAUUAGUUAUGUGCCUCUUCAACUAUAUUUGUACAAAGAAAGCAUCAAGACUUUGUCCUUUUGUACUAAUUAAUUUUGCAUGUGGAAGUUCAAUAUAAUCUCAAUUUUC